AAACCAUCCCACAGCCAGUACUAACUGAGAGUCUCGAGGCUACAGAAGAGGUGGGGAACUUUUCGACUGCCCUGAGCAUUGAAGAUGUCCUGCAAAGGGAGCGCAAAGUAGCAGACACGCUGCUGUCCCUCUCUACAAACACGGACCAGCCGAAAGCUCUGGCGAAAGUCUCUAUUUCUCAUAAUAUGGUUGAUGAGUUGGGACCGACUUCGGUCGGCCUGAGAGCUCUGUCCAGACCCGACCGCCAGCAGCUGACACAGUCGCAGGUGGUCACAUUGCUCAGGCAUUUGCAUUGGCUCCAAAAGCAUCCUCGCCUCCUCGAUCCGAGUAGCCGUCUUCAUAGCACCGACAACACAUCCACUCCUCGUCGGCUCACCUCCCUUCUGGCUCGACUUUUCUCGCAUUUGGUGUCGCGUAGGGCCAGGCUACCGCGCCUGCCAGAUAGUUAUGCUCUGUUGCUGGGCCGCCUGGCAGAUCGUCUGGACGACGAGGCUGACCGGAUUGCAGAAGCCGACGUUGUCACUCGUCUUCAGACCAAAGCCGUGCAGCUCAGAACUGGCAUCCUCGGCCCAACUGCUGAUGGUCUGAAUUCUGACCUGGUGGUCGCUAUGACACUGCUCCCCGUGGCAGCCGGGCAUCUAGCCCGCAGCCUCAACACUCGGAUUGAGGGAGAGGAGGCUACGGUCGUCUUGACGAUGGACGAUCGACUCAGUCAUGUCGUAGCUAUUGUCGCCCGCCUUAGACGAGCCGCUCUACAUGGCCAAGCCUGUGAACUCUUCGCAAAUGACGUUGCUGUAUGCGACAGUGUCUUGCGUGGCCUCGGGCCCGAGUCGCGUCUCCAGGUGGUACAGCCGAGCGACGACGACACUACAUGGCUUGGUAACGUCGAGCUCAACAUCCUCGUCCAUCUGGUACAACUGGCUGUUGCGUGGCCGACCGGUCUGUUAACACAAGAGGUCGUCCAACUGGGGGAUCUGAUGAGAGCCUGGGCUACACUGCGCAAAGCUUUCUAUGCAGUUGUCUCAUUUUGCCUGACAAGCCCAACGGCUGCGUUCACCGCGGCCGAGGAGAUGGACUACUUUGGAGUGUUUAUGGAAGAAGCCGACCAACCCGAUUUGGUCAGGAGGCAUAGUCUUCUUUUGACCCGCCUCGCGGAGGGACUCAAGCUAGCCAGACCUCUUGUAACUGGCCCUACCUCCGGUCAGGCCCUCAUAGCGACGCCAGCCACCGAGCGGACGGCUAGAAACGGUCUCUUCUUCACCGGCCAAGCUGACAACCUGGCAAUUCUGCAGCAGGCGAUUGAUGCCAGUCUGCUCGGAGUGCCAUUGCCUCCGAAUGACGCGCUACUUCUGGCCUCCGCUCUCGACGCCAGCCUCAGGGGGGCGGAUCUCGAGCUGCGGCCUCUCGAACUGGCCAUGGGUCAUUUGCGUCGUCUCUUCGUCUGGCUCCGGUUCAGGCACCUGGUCGGCCAGCCAGUCCACCUGGACGUCGAGUAUCUGGACCAUUUGACAGCGCUCGUCGAUCCGCCCCUCUCCAUCGUGGCAACAAGGACGACGACGCCGACAGUGGCGACGGCGACAAAAAGGCUCGGUCCCGGACUCUGCGACCAGCUGGCCAGUUUGAGGCUGGCUGAGCAGAUUCUGACUGGCUGUGGGGAGUCGGCAGAGCCUGAGUCGACUGCGAGGCUGAGGUUGUCGCGAGAGGAGACGGCUGCCCUCAGCUGCAGUCUGGCCGUCGUGCUGACAUCUCAGACGGGGUCCGCCUUGAAUGGCGUCUCAGCUGCUGAUCGGGUCGUUGUGGGGCUGUUGCAGCGGCGUCUCAGUCAAACAGCUGCCACCGCCUCGCAGGCCGCUUUCGAUGCCGGCUUCGUCGGCCUCACCGCUUCGGAGGGCCGGCAGGUCUCGAGCUUCCUCAUGCGCAGUCGCUUGCGCCUCGGACGCCAGGUUGACCGACUUCGGCGGCAGGUGGGGCGCGAGGUGAGACGGCGAGCUCGAGACCCGGUCCAUUUGGCCGGUCCGACCGGACGAGACUUGCUACGAUUGCUGCAGGCGCUGCAGUUGCUAUCUCCGGACAGCAAACGGCUUCCUCUCGACCUGCGGCAGGCCUAUCAGGUGAGUCAAUUGAUCCGCCGGUCGGCUCAGGCCUGCGACCACGACUCACCCGAGGCCAGAAUUGAGCUGACCGACGAAGAAGCGAGUCUAGUCGCCAGGCUGGUUGCCGGCUGCGACGCCGACGCCGAGGCCGACGCAAAUGCCAGCGCCAACGCCGGACCGGAUCUGGCGGGAGCCGUCACAUUUCUGCGCCACUUCCUCAGCCUCCCAUGCUCGAGUCUCUUCGGCCUGCGGGACAGCGAUGAAACGAUUGAGCCCGAGUUCACCGGCGUCUUUACCGCCUGUCUGGCCUGUUUGGGCCGUAGCAAUGGCGUCUUAGGUCUUUCAGAGCCUGCGGCGCCGGCCGACCAGGACCGAGUACGCGAUCUUCAACAGGCGCUGGUCGACACAGUCACCUCAGGCCGGACCUUUCUAUUUUCCUCGAGUCUCCACGACCAACUGAUUCACGUGACCGAUUUGGUUUGGACCCAGUUGACGAGGCAGAAGCGCAGCCAACUGGCUGACCUGUUGGAUGACGGCGGUCGUAGCGCCGGGCGCUGUCCGAUUUGGCUGUCACGUGAGCGCCAACAGCGUCUGGCCGGCAUGCUGCGCCAAGUGUUGACGCUCAACAUUUUCCCGCCCCUGACGGCCUGUUUGUUGAGCCUGUUGCAGCGGUUGGAGGACGCCAUCCAACAGCCCGCCGGUCCAUUUUGCCUCGAUCCGACCGACACUGACGUGCUAUUGCACAUCUCAACGGCUGGGCCUCCCGAUGUCCUUCAGCCGACGGUCGACCCAAUCACGCUCAGCAUCGCCAUCGGUUUGAUCCACGCCAAGACGAGCCUGCAGCCGGACUCGGACCCAUUCACCUGCGACGAGCUCUCCUGCUCUCAGGCAUUCGGUCUGCUGGCCUGUUUCACAGCCCUUGAGCCCCUCCGCCCCGCCUCCAACGACAGCCAACAACUCUUGCUCAGGCCGCAUCUUCACCUCGGACUGAUGCUGGCCGAAAUCGCCACCUCUUUGGCUGCCAACAGGUUCCCCGUCGCCAGUCUUAUCUCGCCCUCUAAUGGCUACGUGCGAGAUCAGAUCGGCCAGCUUGUCCAGCGGAUAACGACAGCCUACGAGACGGGCAUUCUGCGAGGCCUGACGGCGGGCGAGGCUGACAAAAGC